AUGCCGCCAUUCGUCCCCCGCAAGCGCGUUUCUUCCGAGGACCCGCCCCCAGCCAAACGCCAGGCCCAGGCCCGUAAUAUCCCUGCCAAGCCCGUCCCCGACUCCGACUCUACCACCGAUUCCGACUCUUCACUCAGUGAUGUCCCCGAGGACCUUGAUUCAGAAAAGGCGGCCACAGCAGGGCCAGCUGGGGGGUCCGACGACGAGGAGGAAUCUGAGUCUGAUGACGAAAUAGACUGGGAAGAUGCAAUAGACACCAAAACUACCAACACAACCCCGACGCUGGCCGUUCCGGAGUUGCAGGACCUAGAAUUGACGCUGGACAGGAAUGAGACUGAAAUUGUGGAUCUGACGGAUCCCAAGAAGGGGCCGACGAAGAUCGAGCGCCAGAUUCGCAUCCAGUCGCAUUGCAUGCAUGUCCAGUGUCUGCUAUUCCAUAAUGCCAUUCGCAAUUCAUGGAUCAAUGAUGCCAAGAUCCAUGAGAUUCUACGAAAGAAGCUUCCUGAGGGGAUUCACAAGGAAAUAAAGAAAUGGCGGAUUGCGUCUGGGCUGGAGCUACCGGAGAAAAAGCCUGAGCCGCCCAAGAAGAAGAAAGGCAAGAAAGCUCGGAAGAGUCAGGACUGGAGUGAAGACUCAGAGCGACUGGAACCCGGGCAGCCUGACAUGAGUCGCGGGGAUCCGAUCAUUAUCCUUCUCAAGGUCCUGGUAGCCUAUUGGCGGAAACAGUUUCACAUCACAGCUCCCGGCCUACGAAAGCAUGGUUAUCGCCCAGUUGCUGCACUUGAAGCUGUACUGAAGGAUUUCAACAAAGAGGAUCAUGAUCCGAAGAGUCACGGGGAGCGUAUUGCUAAUCUUGAAGAAUUUCGAGCAACGGCGGAAAGCAUGCAGGGCUCUCGAGAUGUUGGAGCCCAGCUUUUCACAGCUCUCAUCCGGGCAUUAGGCAUUGAAGCAAGGUUGGUAGCAAGUCUGCAACCAUUAGGAUUUGGUUGGACUAAAGCAGAGAUCUACACGCCGCCCAAGACCAAGACAGAACAAGAGCCCGCGGCAGCCGACAAGUCAGAGUCCGAUGCCGACUCGGAACAAAACGGGUUUAAGGCAAAGAAAGUCAGUGCAUACGAUGCUGAUCUGCUGUUCCCAAUAUACUGGACUGAGGUUGCCUCCCCUGUCACUCACGAGAUCACGUCCGUGGACCCAAUCGUGCUGUCCAACCCGCUAGCCCCUACCGCCGAUCUCCAAGCCGCAUUUGAGCCUCGCGGUGCCAAAGCUGAACGGGCCAAGCAGGUAAUAUGCUACGUUGUUGCGCAUUCUGCCGACGGGACAGCCAAGGACGUCACGACACGGUAUCUCAAGAGGCGGACAUGGCCAGGCAAAACCAAGGGCUUCCGAAUGCCUGUGGAGAAGAUUCCAAUACCAGGCCGCCGAGGUGAACACUUUGAAUUUGACUGGUUUCGAGUCGUUAUGCGCGGCUACGAAAGACCCCUCCAGAAAAGAACCGAGGUCGACAGACUAGAAGAUGAAAAAGAUCUCCAGCGAAAACAGCCAGAGAAGAAGAAACCAACUCAAACAGGCGAUACGCUACAAAGCCUCCGCACAUCCACCGAAUUCAUACUAGAGCGUUUUCUACGCCGUGAGGAAGCCCUCCGACCAGGCUCUGAGCCCGUCCGCACCUUCAUAGCUGGUAAAGGUGCCCGCGCUAAAGAAGAGCCUGUAUUCCUCCGGGCAGACGUCGUCAAAUGCAUGUCAGCAGAAAGUUGGCACAAAGAAGGCCGCCAGAUCCAACCAGGCUCAGUACCAUUAAAACGCGUCCCUAUCCGCGCCGUAACCCUCCUCCGCAAGCGCGAGGUAGAAGAGCUCCAGCGUGAAACUGGCGAGAAACCCAUGCAAGGCUUAUACGCCCGAGACCAGACGGAGUUCAUCAUCCCGCCCCCCAUCCGCGAUGGAAAGAUCCCCAAGAACGACUACGGGAAUAUAGACUGCUUCGUUCCGAGCAUGGUGCCCGAAGGCGCUACACACGUUCCACUCCCGGCUACCGUGCGACUGUGCAAGAAGCUCGGAAUUGACUACGCGGAGGCGGUGACCGGAUUCGAGUUUGGAUCUAAGAUGGCAGUCCCUGUUAUCCAGGGCGUAGUUGUGGCGAGCGAAAAUGCAGAUCUGCUUCGAGAUGCAUGGCGUGCGGACGCUGCUGAAAAGCGGAAGCGUGAGGAGCUGAAGGCUGAGAAGCGGAUCUUGCAGACUUGGCGGAAGUUCUUAUUUGGGUUGCGGAUCGCUGAGCGUGUACGAGAGGAGUAUGGAGGUGAUCCUGAUGAUGAUCUUGAGCGGGAAACUCAUAACCCGUUUGUGGCGCGUAAGAAGGAUCCCGUUGAUGAUGUUGACGAGCGGCAUUUCCACGAUGAGUCUGUUCGAGAUCAUGAUCAUAAUCCUGUGGAUCACGGUGGUGGCUUUUUGCUACCUGGCGAAGGAGAUGAUGGAGAUGAUGGCUUGAUCGUUGAGCAUCAUAAAGAUGAGCAGACGCACGUCGUGGAUGAUUCUCAUCAAUCCUUGGCUGACGGUUCGGAUGAGGACUUAUCACCUCCAAUCUCCAUACCAGAUGGGUCUGAUGAUGAAGAUGAUAAUGAUGCUGAGCCUGACUACGCACCGAGGAAUGUCAGACGUCGUCGUCGGGGUGGAUGA